AUGUCUGACGAUCCCAGCUCCUCGUUUCCGACGUGGCCGACAGUUCCGACGACUGCCUACGUGGCCUGCACGGCGCCGUGGAAACAGUACAAGGACCAUUGCUACUUUGUGCAGGGCCUCACCGUCGGCUCGGACGGGCUUUGGCUUGCCUGGACUUUUGACGACGCCAGUGUUUUAAUUGUAGUUGAGGAGAGCGACUAUACACUAUUCCCCGAUAACACGACCGCUUGGACUGAUGGAACACCGGUGGAUUAUCACAAAGGACUGUAUCCUGGCCCUGAAAAAUAUGUCUUCGGGAUGCUACACGACGAAUCGUGCGAAAUCGACUGGGAAGGCUGGGGCACCAUGGCCAUCUCGGCACGCUACAUCUGCAAGAAGGGGCUGGAUUGGCUGCAC